UUUUAAAAAAUAUGGAUAAUUUAAACGACACUCAGGUCUCAAAAAUAAUAGAAACAUUAAUGUAAAUAUCAGAGAAUCAUAUUCAAAGUAUAUAAUGUAAUUUGUGAUCAAGGUGAAUAAAAUGAAGGUAUUCUAAGAAGGAUUAAUGAAAAUCAUAUUUAAGACAAAAUAUAACAUGGUAACUGAUUAUUUCUUAAUAUUUAAGAAUACUUAGAUUUGGAUGGGAAGACAAAUGAUUUGUUACAGCAAACCUAGUAUUAUUAUCAUGAAGGUAGGAUUUUUUAAAAAUUAAAAGGUGUUGCUUUAUUUCAAUAAAAUAAAUAUCAGGAGGCCAUAGAAUAUUUUAACAAAGCCAUUGAUUUAUUGCCAAAUAAUUGGGAAUAUCAUCAUCAAAAAGGUAAAUUAAGUAUUUCAAUAUCUGAAAGGUUUAGCCCUAUUUUUAUUAAACAACAAUUUGGAAGCAAUAAAUUGUUUUGAUAGAGCAAUAAAAAUAAAUCCAUCUGAUAGUUAUUCUUAUUUUUACAAAGGUAAAUAAUUUAUAUUAUGUUUAGGCCUAUUAUUAAAUAAAUUAGAAAGAUAUGAGGAAGCAAUAUCAUAUUUUAAUGUGGUGAUAAUAAUUGAAAAAUUUGACCCCUUAGCUGUUUAUAACAAAGGUAAAAAUAAAUAUAUUAAAAUUUAUUUAGGCUUAUCUCUAUAUUAAUUAAAAAGAUACUAAGAAGCAAUAAUGUGUUUUGAUUAAGCUAUGCUGCAAAAAGAUUGCAAAGCUAUUUUAUAAAAGGGUAUAUCAUAUUAAUAAUUAUUUAGGAAAAGCUUUAAUGUAAAUGAAUAGACUUCUGGAAGCUGUAACAUGUUUUAACAAAGUUAUUGAAAAGGAACCAUAAAAUAUCUUACCUUAAAAUCUAAAAGGUGUAGCUUUAAAUCGAUUAAAUUAAUAUAAAGAAGCUUUAAAUUGUUUUAACUAAGCUAUUCAAUUGAACCCAAAGAUAAGCUUUUUACAUUGCAAUAAAGGAGUUUGUAUAAAUUUUCUUUUAGAUCUAGCUCUAAUUGGCUUAAACUAAAAUGGGAAAGCGCUAGCAUGUUUAGAGUAAGCUAUUGCAAUCAAUUAAAAUAAUGAUUAUGCCUACUAUUAAAAAGGUAAGGAAAUUUUUGAAUAAUUAUUUUUAGGCCUAGUAUUAAUCAAAUUAAAUAAAUUAUUAAAAGCUAUGGAAUGUUUUGAUAAAUGUGUAAUCAUCAAUCCAAAAAAUUCUUAAGCCUAUAAUUAAAAGGGUAAAUUAAUGUUUAAAAUUUCUUAUUAGGAUUAACAUUAGUAAAUUUGAAUAGAAAUGCUGAUGCAAUCUAAUUCUUUUAAAAAGCAUAAUCCAUCGAACCAAAAAUCAUGUAUAUGAGAAACUUAGGUAAGUUAUUUGAAAAUAAUUUAGCUAAUUCUUUACUUUUUUGUGGAAGAAAAGCUGAAAGCAAAUAUUGGUUGAAAAUUGCUAGAUAAAAUAUUGAUAUUAUAAAAUAAACUUUUUGA